AUGGCAAUGGCGACCCCCAUCCGCAAGAAGAGGAACUUCAAGGCCCUCCAGCUCAAUGUGGCAGAGUCGCCCGCCACCGUCAACACUGCAGAGCCAGUCCCCAUCCGCCAAGCACCGCCGCCUGUCGCAGCACCAGCGGCAUCGGCACCCGUUGGGAGUGGCAAGAAGCGACCCCCGCCCAUGGUCAUCAAAGCUCCCAAAAUCCCAAACCACAGCGGCGCCGUGUCAGCUGUCGAACAAGACGGCAACUUGCUGACCGUCACCAGCACUGCAGGCUCAGCACCGCACUCAGCCUCGCCGGCAGUACGGCGGAACACGUAUCAUGCCACCCUUUCCAGUACGCUGGCAAACCUCGACAUGAACGCUGAGAUCAAGUUCGACUUGAAGGAGGGGGAUCUCAAGGACCUGCAGGAGCUUGGUCAGGGCAACGGAGGAAGCGUGAAGAAGGUGGAACAUGUCCCGACGAAGACGAUCAUGGCGAAGAAGAUUGUCCUCAUCGAUGCGAAGCCAUCGGUACGGAAGCAAAUUCUCCGCGAACUCCAGAUUAUGCACGACUGCCACUCGAAGUAUAUCAUCUCCUUCUGGGGCGCUUUCCUCGCGGAUCCCAACAUCUGUAUCUGCAUGGAGUUCAUGGACAAGGGCUCACUUGACGGUAUCUACAAGAAGAUUGGACCCAUUGACAUCGAUGUCGUCGGGCAAGUCGCUUUGGCUGUGCUCGAAGGCCUGACAUAUCUCUAUGAUGUUCACCGUAUCAUCCACCGAGAUAUCAAACCCUCAAAUAUUCUAUGCAAUUCUCGGGGAGAAAUCAAGAUAUGCGAUUUCGGCGUCUCGGGAGAGUUGAUAAACUCUAUCGCGGACACUUUUGUAGGCACGUCAACUUACAUGAGUCCCGAGCGCAUACAGGGAGCGCAAUACACCGUCAAAUCCGACGUCUGGUCCCUGGGCAUCUCAUUAAUCGAACUUGCUCUCGGUCGUUUCCCUUUCUCCCAAUCGAUGUCAGACGAUGAAGACGAAUCCGAUUACGAGGGAACUCUAUCACCCGCUCGUCCAGGGUCCAUUUCGCUCUCUGGCCUCCCGCCAGCCCGCAUCAGGAGAAAUACGCCGAAGAAAGAUAAGCGGAAGAGCAAGGGUGUCAGCUUGCAGGGCGGUGGGAUGACCAUGAGCAUUCUGGAGCUGCUGCAGCACAUUGUGAACGAGCCGGCACCGAAGCUGACGCCUGAGGGUCGCUACCCGAAGGAGGCGGAGUCGUUCAUCGAUAGUUGUCUGUUGAAGGAACCCGAUCUGAGAAAGACGCCAAAGGACCUUCUGAAACACCCUUGGAUAGACCAAGCGCGCACCUCGACGGUCAACUUGGAAGAAUGGGCAAGCACGUUCUAG